GUAGGCCACACACCCCCAGGGCAACCACAAUGCUGAUGUGGCCCUCAAUGAAAUUGAGUUUGACACCCCUCAUUUAAGGGAUAAGCCUAAUCAAAUGUAAAAGACCAAAGAAAAGGAUUUUUUUCUUAUCUCUCAUUCUCUUUUCCCCCGCCCUGAGCAAUUCUGGGUAAACUGCCAAACUAAAAGAAACAUUCUGAGGACAGCAAAAUCGGGCGUCUUAGAAAACAAUUAAACCCAUCAACCUCACUUAAACUUUUGUAACACAAGACAGACACAAACCAUAUGGAGAAACCCAUUUGCAUAAACAAAUAAUUCCCGAGGACAAUUUUAAUCGUUAUCGGUCCAAUCAGACACAAACUAGAUGAAAUUAAAUGAACAAAAAAUCUUUCCAAAAGGCAAAUCAUAACCUCAAUAACUUGAGAGGUAUAAGAACAGGACCCCUCACCUUGGAAAUGUACUAGCUAGUCCAGAAACCAUCGUUGUACCAUUACUCCCUUUGGCUUCUGUAAAUAAACCUACUUUCUGGCAGCUUCAUUCUGUGUCAUUUCUUCUGCCUGAGACGAAACUCUGGAGACCCGAACCACGGAAAACUUUCUCACAAAACUUUGGAUCUUAAAUAAUAAAUCAUAACUAUUUUGAUGUUAUAAAUUCAACACCUAAAGGAAAAAAGUAUAAUUCCUGUGUAAAACAUGCAAAUUGCUACUCUGAGAAGUCCAUUUAGUUGUUAUAUGGAAUUAAGAAUUUGUUUUAGCUUGUUCCCUUAAGCGGAGGUUUCCCGAUUUUCCCGCAGGGCGCAGCACCUGGGCAGGAGCAAGCGGGCGAUGAAGAGGGGGGACGCCGAGAUCAUCGGUCCUUCCCUGCCCUUUGCAAGCAUCGUCGUACCAGCCUCCGCUUCCACCUCCCGCCUUUCAGCGAACCCCGCCCCCCUCCGGAGAAGAGCAGCGGAGCAGACAUUCUGGGAGGCCGGAAAAGGAAGGUCCCCUUUCAUUCUCUUCAUAUCAGAUCCAUCUAGUAAGCACAUAUCUCUCCUUCUAGCUCCUUGUUGAGCAGAGGCCUUUAGAAUUGGCCCUUUUGACUUCUGGACUUCAACUCCCAGAAUUCCUCAGCCAGCGUGCCAGUUGAAGUCCACAAGGCAUAAAAGAGCGCCCAGGAAAUUGGUUGGAAGGAUUUGCCUUUGCUCUCCUCGGGCGGGUAAAGCCCGAGUGAGCGGAGACCCAUUUCUGCCCUCCUGCAAACCGGAGAAGGGGCUGCGGAGAGGCCGGGGGACAUUUCGGACCGUCUCGGACCUCUUUUGGCUGCCCUCGAGCAGGAGACCCGACGGAAGCCCAGGGAUCCCCAGGGAUGGAGGCCGCCCUCAGCCCAGAGAUCCACCGCCGGCGCUUCCGCGGUCUCGACGGCUGCCGCCAGGAGGCCGAGGGGCCCCGGGAGCUUUGCAGCCGCCUGCACCGCCUGUGCCGCCAGUGGCUGCGGCCGGAGAGGAGCAGCAAAGGGGAGAUGCUGGACCUGGUGGUGCUGGAGCAGCUGCUGGCCCUGCUGCCCGCGGAGAUGGCGAGCUGGGGGAGGGAGUGCGGAGCCGAGAGCUGUUCGCAGGCGGUGGCCCUGGCCGAAGGCUUCCUCCUCAGCCAAGCCCAGCGGGAAGAGCCGAGAAAGGGGCAGGAGACGUUCACAGAGGAGAUCUCAGCAGAGCUCCGGGGCAGAGAAGAUCGAUCCAGCUCUGUUCAGGACCCGUUUUUCAGGAGGACCCAAUUCUGGCCACCUUCCCAGAGCUCUGAUCCCUUUGAGGAGGUGACUGUGGACUUCACAGAUGAGGAGUGGAGGCUGCUAGAUUCUGGGCAGAAGGCCUUGUGCAGAGAAGUCAUGCAGGAGGUUUCUAUCAAUAUGGCUGCUCUGGAUGAUGUGUGUGUGAAUGAGGACGAUGAGUCAAGUUUAAAUCUACUUGAAAUACAGAAGAAUAAAAUAAAAAUAAUCCUUGGCCAUCAGAGGAACAGCAAAAUGCUAAGCAGAAAACAGCCAGAAAAUGGAGUGGAGAAGUCAUCCACUUCUCUUGGUAUUCGUGGCUUCCUAUCCCAGCAAGAUCAGAAAGAAAUGAGAAAAGAAAAAUAUAGAAAAAAAGAGAACAUGAAUUUGAAUUACAUAACUAUGGCAGAAAUCACACCACAAAAAACAUGCAGGCCUCUAAAAACUAUGGAGAAUAACUCCUUCACUGCUACUUCACCGAAGAAACUGUAUGGGAAAUGCAAACCACGUACUUCUGUAAUAACUUUGGUGGAUUCCAGCCUGAGCAGGAAGAGGAAAUGCUGCAUGCAGUGUGGAAAGAGUUUCAGUACGAAAAGUAAUCUUAAUGUCCACCAAAAGAUGCACACCGGGGAGAGACCGUAUAAAUGCAUGAAAUGUGGAAAGACCUUUGUCCAGAAAAGAGAUCUUAAUCUUCAUGAAAAGAUCCACACUGGGGAGAAACCAUAUAAAUGCAUGGAAUGUGGAAAGAACUUUAUCCGGAAAGGACAACUUAAUAGUCACGAAAGGAUCCACACUGGGGACAGACCGUAUAAAUGCAUGGAAUGUGGUAUGACAUUUAACCAGAAAGGAAAUCUUAAUCGUCACAAAAUGAUCCAUACUGGGGACAGACCGUAUAAAUGCAUGGAAUGUGAAAAGAACUUUACCUGGAAAGGAGAUCUUAAUCGUCACAAAAGGAUCCAUAUUGGGGACAGACUGUAUAAAUGCACGGAAUGUGGAAAGAGCUUCAUUAGCAACAGUCAUCUUACUUGCCACCAAAGGACUCGCAGUGAGAAGUGACCAUAUGAGUGCAUAGACUGGAAAAAGCUAGACUGGGAAAUCUCAUCAUAAUUGUUAUGAAAGGAUCCACACUGGGGAAAGAUCUCAUUAAUGCACAGAGAGUGAAAAUAGCUUUACUUGAACAAGACAAUUCUCAUAAAGAGUAUAUAAAUGCACGGAGGGUAGAAAGAGCCUUUCUGAGGAGAGAGACGAUACUGCUCACCAAAAUAUCCACAGGGGAACCAGCCCACAAAUGUAUUGAGUGUGGAGGGAAAAUGCCUUUAAUGACUACAGGUAGUCCUUUAUUUACAAACACAGUUGAGCCCCAAAUUUCUCUUGUUAUGUCAGACAUUUGUUAAGUGAAUUUUGCUGCAUUUCUUGCCUAUGUUGUUAAGUGAAUAACUGCAGU